AUGUUCGUCUCGCUUUUUCGGCGCGUCCGCUCCGUGAUAGUGUUGUGCGGAACGGUGACGAUACUUCUCUACUACACCUUCGAAAACGAGGUCAACACGCUCAACUCGUUCGCAGAGAACGAGUCGCUGCCCCAAAUCCACAAGCAGGGCCUCCCUCCCACGCCUGAAGUCCCGGCUGUCGCUGACUGGCAGAGCGCCGAUGCCAUCGCGGCAAAGCCAGCGGCUCGUGUCGCGCCUGACCUGGACGAGCCCCUGCGAAACCCCACUGUUCUGGUCGAGAAGAACAAGUACUUCCCCAUUUUGCAUACCUCGUCGGAUCUUUCACUGUAUUCCGGUGAGGAAUUCCAGGCCCUGGACUCCGAAACACACAAGCUUUACUACCCAGUACGAUACGAGUCGCCGUUUGAAAACACGUUCAGUCUCAAGCCCAAGCUGACUCUACCGCGCAUCCAAGCGCGGACUUUCUCUUCAUCCGACAAACCGGAAGCUCAUCAAAAGGUCCUGGGUGAGAUCACAGAGCAGUUCAUGGACUCAUGGAGGGCUUACUACCGCUUGGCGCUUGGAAGCGACGAAUUAAAGCCUCUUUCCAGGUAUCCUACGUCAUCAGGCCUCUCACGGGCUACUACCUUGCUCGAGUCUCUAGAUAUGCUCUACAUGCUUAACCAAACCGAAGAAAUCAACAAAUCGCUGGCAUUCAUCGAAAAACUGGAUUUCAGCAAGUCUCAGGAACCACUUGUGGAUCUUGCUCAGAAUGUGGAGCGCAUCUUGGGAUCUUUAAUAUCCGCAUAUGAGCUCUCCAGGCAUAGGGACUCGAUACUUCUUGAAAAAGCUGUUGAGCUAGCAGAUUUUCUGCUCACCGGAUUCGACACGCCGAAUAGAAUCCCUUCGCUGAAAUUUGCUUGGAGCUCCAAGCUUAGAAAUAGGUUUCCCUUGCAAGACUCCAAUUUGGGCCAGCUCGGCUCUCUUCCUCUGGAAUUCUCGCGUCUCUCGCAGUUGACAAGGGAUGAAAAAUAUACAAGGGCUAUUGAACAUGUUUACAGCGUUGCAUGGGAUUCUACCGAUGAAUUUGACAUAGAAUACCUUUUCCCUACAAUCCUAGACGCUUCUGGUUGUGUCCUGCUGCCUAAAGAGCAGGUGGAUUCAGGAGAACAUGCUAAGGUCUCUAAAGUGAUGAAAAGUAUACAAAAAGGCAAAUAUGUCCACUGUCUUCAAACGAAUAAGUUUCGGCCUGCAUCCGACGCCGGAAACUUCUAUUCUGCAGAUUCCAGAAGUCUGCCGUUUUACAGUAACAUGGCCAAGUUUUACCAGCUUCUCAAUGGCUUUGACCCUACUAGUGAUUUGAAAUUCACAAGGCUUUUGGUGAAUAGCUUUGACAGGAUCAAAGAACUUAUGAUAUUCACCCCCGCACUGCCCAACCCUGACUUAAAGAGCCUUGCUUUUGUGAACUCCCUGUCCACAGAAUCGCAUUAUGAUGCCCUCACCAACGAGAAAGUUAUCAAGAUCAUGCCUGACUUUACAAUGCAUCAGUCCAGCUGUGCUCUGGGCUCCUCAUUCGCCUUGAUGGGAAAGCUUUUCGACGAGGAAAAAUACAUCGAAUUGGGGGCCAGAAUUACGAGAGGGUGUAGCCACACUUUCCAACUACUGGGCGUUAUGCCUGAAGCUCUUCAUGUCGGUCGCUGCCUGCAGGCCCCAUGCAGCUUUGAUCCUUUACAGCCUCCUAGCGACAAGCAUGCUGCUACUAAGGCCGAUUCUGUUCUCGGUGUUAAAGUCGACGACAACGACUCUGCAGGAGGCUCAACUGAAAAACCGUCUAAAGCUUACGUCAUAUCGAAUAGAGAGGAAGCUUCAGAUCCUUCCAGGUUUGCAGCGCAGUGGUUCGAAGGCUCGGAACUACCUGAAUACAUUGACGGAGCAUUGCCUAACUACAACUUGUCUGCUGAAGCGAUUGAAUCAAUCUUUUAUUUGUAUCGAAUCACAGGAGAAGAUGAGUGGAGGCAGGCGGGAUUAGAUCUUUGGCGGUCAGCUCUCAAGGUUGUCAAGAGUUCGGGUGCUAAAGGUGUUGGCCAGGUGACGGCUGUUAACAACAUCUUUAAGAAUGAAGCAUUGGACGCUCUUCCAGCAGAUUGGUUCUCAAAGCAUCUCAAAUUCUUUUACCUAUUGUUUAGGAACCCAGAAUUCUUUUCGCUUGAUGAUUACGUCUUCACGCAUGGUGGCCACUCACUACAAAAGAUUCCGGUGCAGGAAAUUCCGGUAACUGAGAAAGGAACCAACUCUGUAGGCAACGUACUUGAACGAUUGAACCUUCGAAAAGAUGACACAGCAAGCUAA